AUGUUGAAAGAUGAUAAUAAUGAUAUAGGUCAACACCAACCAAGCCAACAACAACAACAAAAUAAUAACGAAGAUAAUGACGAUAUGAGUGUGGGGGAUUUAUUUCUUAAUAAAUCAUAUGUCAAAAAAACACUAGAAUAUUUUGGAGUAAAUGUCAAUUUAAAUGUUUUAGAUUCAGCAUCAACUGAUUUUGAUUUAACAGGUCAAGUAAUUUGGCCAUCAGCACAGGUAUUAACUCAAUAUAUUAUAAAGAAUCAAGAAGAAUAUAAGAAUAAGAAAAUUUUAGAAGUUGGAUCAGGAGUUGGUGUAUGUGGAUUAUUUUUAGCAAAAUUAGGUCAACCAUGUACUCUUAGUGAUAAUAAUGAGGUUGUAUUAGAUUUACUAAGAUUAAAUGUUGAAGAGUCAACAGCAGAUGGUUAUAAAUGUGAUUGUAUUAAAUUAGAUUGGGGUAAUCAAGAAGAUAUGGAUAAUUGUUUACUAAAAUCAAAAGAUAAUGAUAAUAGUGCUGGUGGAUUUGAUAUGAUAAUUGGAUCGGAUAUAGUUUAUUGGAAAAUUGGAAUUGUACCAUUAUUUAAAACAGUUUCAUAUUUACUUAAACAUAAUGAUGAAAACUCAAGAUUUGUUACAUGUUAUCAAUCAAGAUCAACUCAAACUGAUAAUUAUCUUUUAGAACAAGCAACUUUACAUGGAUUCGAAUAUGAAUUCAAACCAAUAGAAACAUUUUUAGAUCGUUCUCUUUUAACUUUUAAUGAAGAUUCAACAAUUUCAAUUAUUAAUUUAAUAAUUUUUAAAAGAAUAAAAAAAAAUUAA